AUUAUUUCAUUUUUUUAAAGGUUAAAAAAAAGAGAAAAAUGUAAGGAGUGGUCAUAAAAGUCCAAAGGUAAAACCUGGCCUCCACUUUUUUUAGGACUUCUACACUGAGAGAAAGAGAGAAGAAGAAUAAAAGAGGAAACUAGCUUUAGAAAUUUGGUUCGAAUCUGGAGAAUAAUGCCUUCUAAUUCUGGAGAUGAUAAUGUUCUUCAAGUUCUCAUCAAGAACUUCGAUGUCCUUGCACUCCCAUUGGUUGCUCUCGUCUACCCUCUGUAUGCAUCAGUGAGAGCAAUAGAGACAAAAUCAUUAGUACAAGACGAGCAAUGGCUAACCUAUUGGGUUCUCUACGCACUCAUCUCCCUCUUCGAACUCAUUUUCUCCAAACUUCUUGAAUGGUUUCCGAUAUGGCCUUUCUUGAAGCUGAUCGGGAUAUGUUGGCUGGUUCUACCACAGUUUAAUGGAGCAGAACAUGUGUACAGACAUUUCAUAAGGCCUUUCUACAUGAAUCCUCAAAGAGCUUCCACAAAUAUUUGGUAUGUUCCUCAAAAGAAAUUCAAUUUCUUCCCCAAACGCGACGAAGACGACAUCCUCACUGCUGCUGAGAAAUACAUGGAGCAGCAUGGCACCGAAGCUUUUGAGCGAAUGAUCGUUAGGUUCGUUUCGUGUGCAACAGCUUCAUCAAUGGCUGAUUCCCUAAAAACUAGUCUCGCUGAGAGAGACGUCGAACAGGACGAGUCUACAUUAGUAUGGUACUCUGACAAAGAAGAGAAGCAGAUUAAGCUUAGUCAAGUCCUGAGAAUUGUUCCAGGACAGCGCACGGCUACAUUCAAGAGAUAUCCACGACCGGAGAAAGAGUAUCAGUCCUUUUCGCUCAUAUGUCCUGACAGAUCCUUGGAUUUGAUAUGCAAAGACAAGGAUGAAGCAGAAGUUUGGGUUGUUGGUUUGAAAGCACUGAUUACUCGAGUAAAAGUCUCAAAAUGGAAAACCACUAUAAAACCUGAGAUCACUUCAGCGGAAUUUCCAACGCCUCGUGCACGAAGAGUGUCUCCAUUCGUAACAAUUCUUGAUCAAGUUGUUCAACCUUCUAACGAGACCUCUGCACCAAGCCGGUUGGGAAAAGUCUUUGCUGACAUUGUCUCAAUCACUGCACCAGCCAGUAACAAUCAGGCUGAAGCCAACACCGCCAAUAAUAUCUUACCGUUUUCUCCAAGAAACGUUGAGAACUCGAUUACACGGUUCUCGACCAGUGACCCGGUUCGGAUCAGUCUAUCAAGCGCCGUGAGCACCUCUAGCCACGGUUCAUGUCACGAAGACUUUGAUGCUUUAGGUGAUGUUUUCGUCUGGGGUGAAGCUAUAAGCGACGGUGUACUGAGCGGUACUGGGAAGUCAUCACAUUCCACGACAGAGGAUGCGCUAUUACCAAAGGCAUUGGAAUCAACAGUAGUUCUUGAUGCGCAAGACAUCGCUUGCGGUACUUGUCACGCGGUUUUAGUUACGAAGCAAGGAGAGCUCUUCAGCUGGGGAGAAGGAAAAGGUGGGAAGCUAGGGCAUGGCUUAGAAAAAGACACUCACCAACCAAAGUUCAUUAAAAGCGUCAGAGGAAUUGGUUUCAAGUCUUUAGCCUGCGGAGAGUUCCAUACAUGCGCUGUUACUCAGUCCGGUGAUCUCUACAGUUGGGGUGACGGCACUAGGAAUGUGGAUUUGCUCGGGCACGGUAGCGAAUCCAGCUGCUGGAUUCCAAAGAGAGUGACUGGUGUGUUACAGGGAACGCAUGUAUCGUAUGUCGCUUGUGGUCCUUGGCAUACAGCUGUAGUUGCAUCAUCAGGCCAACUGUUCACAUUUGGAGAUGGAUCUUUUGGUGCUUUGGGCCAUGGAGACCGGAGAAGCUCUAGUGUUCCACGCGAAGUCGAAAGUUUAAACGGACUUAGAGUAAUGAAGGCUGCUUGUGGCGUUUGGCAUACAGCUGCGGUUGUGGAAGUGACUAGUGAAGCAUCUGAUGCAGAAGUCUGCUCUUCUCGCGGGCAACUGUUCACAUGGGGUGAUGGCGAGAAAGGCCAGCUUGGUCAUGGUGACGAUGACGCAAAGCUACUUCCCGAGUGUGUAACUUCGCUGUCGAACGAAAACAUCAGCCAAGUUGCUUGCGGACAUAGUCUCACGGUCUCUCUUACAUCAAAAGGACGUGUGUAUACAAUGGGUAGCAAUGCUUAUGGCCAGCUUGGAAAUCCUUACGCCAAGGCAAAGUUCCCCUCACGUGUCGAAGGAGACUUGGCAGAUACUUGUGUAGAGGAGAUUGCUUGUGGCUCUUAUCAUGUUGCAGUGUUGACAUCAAAACCAGAGAUUUACACAUGGGGAAAAGGAUUAAAUGGGCAGCUUGGCCAUGGAACCGUUGAGAACAAAAGAGAACCUGCGGUUGUUGGGUUUCUGAAAGAAAAGCAAGUGAAGGCUAUAACAUGUGGAUCCAACUUCACCGCUGUGAUCUGUCUUCACAAAUGGGUACCUGGCUCUGAGCAUUCCCUCUGUGCUGGCUGCCGAAACCCUUUCAGCUUUAGAAGAAAACGCCACAACUGUUACAACUGUGGUCUGAUUUUUUGUAAAGUAUGCAGCAGUAGGAAGUCUCUGAGAGCUGCACUUGCGCCAGAUGUGAACAAACCGUACCGUGUGUGUUACGGAUGUUUCACCAAGCUGAAGAAGUCGGGAGAGACAUCUCCUUCUCCACGGACUCCACGGGGUAGAAACCUUUUGAAUAUGCGGAAGUCGACGGAUGUUUCAGAGAGAAGCAGCUUAACUCAGAAGCUCCUCUCAGCGCACGGCAGAAUAUCUUCCGCUGACUCUUUAUUGCACCUUGGAGAAGGGAGGCAUCAGAGACGAGACUUGAAACCGGAGGUAAAUAACCGGAAUGUCUUCCCUUCCAUGAACGGCGGUUUACAGUCUGCUGGAUCGCCGUUAUCUAAAGGGUCAACAGCUCUGCCUAGAAUCCCAAAGAAUAUGGUGGUUAAACUUCCUGGUUCAAGAGCAAGCUCUCGCACAGCGUCUCCAGUUUCAGUAAAGUCAACUAGUCCACGUCGAUCUUAUGAAGUAACAGCUGAGGAAUCUAAGCAGAUAAAAGAUAGUUUUAGUCAAGAAAUGGCUGGUUUAAAGGAACAGGUAGAACAACUUGCUUCAAGAACCCACCAACUUGAAGAGGAACUCGAAAAAACUAGAAGGCAGUUGAAAGUGGUCACUGCAAUGGCAGCAGAUGAAGCAGAGGAAAACAGAUCUGCAAAAGAGGUUAUUAGAUCUCUGACCACUCAGUUGAAGGAAAAAGCUGAUAGAGUUCCUCAAAGGGAUGAUACUAGCACCAACACAAAACGCACAGAGAAAGAGACAUCCGAGACUGAAACUCAGACUAGUAACCAGACACAUAUAAGAAGCAUGGUUUCUCAUGACGGUCAUCCCGAAAGCAACCUAGCAAGUAAGAGCUUCGCUAAUGGGCAUAGGAGGCAGAGUGAGAAGCCGGAGAGGGUUGUACAAGACGAACCAGGAGUGUAUUUAACGUUGUUGUCUUUACCUGGUGGUGGUAAUGAACUCAAGCGUGUCCGGUUCAGCCGGAAACAGUUUACUGAAGAACAAGCUGAGAAAUGGUGGGGUGAAAAUGGAGGUAAAGUGUGUGAACGACACAACAUUCUAGUUUCCUAGGAUCUCCUCUGUCUUCAUUAGAGGAAGAGGGAGAUAGACAUAUACAAAGAAAAGAUAGCGACAUAGAGAAACACAUGGAUGCAGAUUUUUGUAUUUUAUUUUGAGAAAUUAUACCAACAUGUAUUCUGCUGUCGAUAGAAAAUAAUGUUUGAUGAAAAAUAUAUUCACUUAUUUUGUCUGAACAUUGCAUGGUUCCCAGGGAAUUCAUUUCAAAUUU